AUGGAUUCCCUCGACCGCAUUCUAGACGAAUUUACAGACCCUUCGAGUGGAUCGUUGCAUGCUGCAACGUUCAUCGUCGUCGAUAUUUCUGGAAAGACAAUUUACAGUCGCGCCUCCGGGCGAACAAAAACAGAUAUACACAGUGCAGAGCCAUUGGGAUUAGAUGCAUUAUACUGGGUUGCAUCAAUGACGAAGCUCGUGACUGCGGUAUCGGUUAUGCAACUCGUUGAACGAGGAGUCCUGUCAUUAGACGAGGAUGUUCGCAAAAGGGUCCCUGAGCUUGCGAAUAUACAGAUUCUACAGGGAAUGACGCAGGGGGAUUCCCCAGGAUCGAUGCAACCAUAUUUUCGGAUCGUCCAAGGGAAGAUCACUCCUCGUGAUCUGCUGUGCCAUACUUCUGGCUUUAUUUAUGACAGUUCCUCAGAUCUACUCAAAGAAUGGUCGAGGUCAGUGGGUCGAUCCGCGCACACAUUCACGGGAAGCAUGGAAGGAUAUGCACACCCGCUUCUCUUCGAGCCAGGAACUUCAUGGGGAUACGGAGCUGGUUUAGACUGGGCCGGUCGCCUGAUCGAAAAUGUCUGCAAUUGUUCACUUGAAGAAUACAUGAAGGAAAACAUCUGGUCCAAGCUUGGAGUCACCUCAUCAACCUUCCAUCCAGAGUUAUAUCCCGAUUCACUCCCGCCAAAACUACGAAUGGCGAACCGGGUGAGUGUUGGCCAGGGAGCCAAAUCUAUUAAAGCAGGCUCGGUCAUUCUGGGACAACCACUGAACGACGAUCUGGGAGGAAUUGGACUUUGGAGUACACCAAAGGACUUUAUUAAACUCCUCACUGCUCUACUGAGAGAUGGAGAGCCGUUAUUGACGAAAGAUAGCUUGGAUAUCUUGUUUCGACCGCGACUGAGCGAUGCGUCUCGGGCAGCAAUGCCUUUGUCCCUCGGAAGCCGUAUGCGAGACAUACUGGGGAUCGGGUCUGUGAACGUAAUUGAUCAGGCUGAUCAUUGUUUGGCUGGGACGAUCACGUUGAAGGACAUUCCUGGUCGCCGGCCACGCGGGACGGUUAGCUGGAGUGGGCUGCCAAAUUUACAUUGGUGGAUUGAUCCGAAGACGGGCAUUACAGCUACACUGUUCACCCAACUUCUGCCGCCCGGCGAUGCAGCGGUAACAGGUUUGUUAAUUCACCUGGAAACGGCACUCUACAAGGAGAUACGAGAUAGUGAGUCUGUUAGCAGGAGGGGAAAAUUGUAG